AUGAUUAAACACGGAGAAAAGAACGACGUCCACAUAAGUCUCAUUCGAGAGGCCCAGACGGUUUGUGCAAUAUUUCAAGAUAAUUCAAUGCUGUGUAAUGAAGAAAAUGAGAAAGUUAUACAACAUUUUGUUCAUUGCAUCGAAACCCAUGGGAGGCACGUGCAAUAUUUAAAGUUUCUUCAAACUAUAGUUAAAGCUGAAAAUCAGUUUAUAAGAAAAAGCCAGGAUUUGGUUAUGCAAGAAUUAAUUAAUGCAGGAGAAGACGUGCUCGUGUUUUAUAACGAUAAGGCUUCGUUUAAUCACUUCAUAGAAAUGAUGCGUUCUGAGAGGCAUUGUAUGGAUGAAGGUAGCCCUUUGAAGUAUCACGUGGAGUUGGUAAAAUUAUUAGCUUGUUGUACAAUGGGAAAAAAUGUGUACACUGAAAUCAAAUGUCACAGUUUAUUACCGUUAGACGAUAUCGUUGCCAUGGUGACUCAUCCGGAUUGUAUUCCUGAAGUCAAGGAGGCGUAUGUCGGCUUUUUGAACCACUGUUACAUCGAUACAGAAGUAGAAAUGAAGGAGAUCUACACUUCGAGUCACAUGUGGACUUUAUUUGAAAAAUCGUUUUUAGUCGACAUGGCCGACAUAGCAACCGCACCAACAGACAGAAAACAUCCAGACAGGGCACUAGAAAAUUAUGUUACUAAUUGUGUAAUGAAUAUUAUUAUUACAUUUUUUAAUAGCCCCUUUUCUGAUCAGAGCACUACAGUUCAGAAACAUCUGCAUGAAGCCAGGGUGUACUGGAGCGACUCUACCAUGGAUGACUAUGAUCCGUUCUCAGUUAAUAUACAACUCAAACAAUCUCCAUUUUCCACUAAUAAAUUUUCUCAAUAUGAAUCUAGUUGGUUAGAAUAUGUAUUAUGUGUAUAA